CUCUCGCAAAUAUCGCGAUAGAGUUGUUGUGUCCGCGCUGACAGUGCAGUGAAACAAGUUUCCAUCCUGAUGAUUAGCAAUUUCAUAACUGUGGGUGAAUUUACAGUUGGUCGAAUUUCGUUUACGAUUUUUUUUUUUAGACGUUUAGAAGAAUAAGGUGAAGUAGAAAAUGGCCUCAUAUUUUGAUGAGCAUGACUGUGAGCCCACAAAUCCAGAAGAACAGUACCGACAGAACGCCCUGCUGGAGCUUGCCAGGUCUCUGAUGCAGGGCCUUGACAUAGACUCGGGUUCAUUUGAUUUGUCGGAUUGGGACCAGCGUCUCCCGCCUCCUGCAGCCAAAGCUGUGGUUCAGAGUCUUCCUGUGGUCAUCAUCUCCCCAGAACAAGCAGAUAAAGCACUGAAGUGUCCGGUGUGUUUACUGGAGUUCGAGGAGCAAGAGACUGUGAGAGAGAUGCCCUGUAAACAUCUGUUCCACACGGGAUGCAUCAUGCCAUGGCUUAGUAAGACCAACUCAUGUCCCUUGUGUCGACUUGAGCUACCCACUGACAAUCCAGACUAUGAGGAGUUCAAAAAAGACAAGGAACGGAGAAAGCAAAGAGAACACAGACUAGAGGAUCUACAUGGAGCCAUGUACACAUGACCUCAGCACCUUCAAGACUUGAAUAUGUAUUCAACUUUCAGUUUGUUGGAAGUGAGAGUUUAAUGCGCAGGGACCAGGCUUUGAAAUCAUUGCAUUUGUGCGUACUUGAAAACAAACAAACAAAACAGCAAAGUUUUUAAUGUUAUCACUUUUAAGACUGCUUUGUAUGGCUAUGCACUGAGAACUGUUUGUAUGGAACUGUAAUGUAGCCUUAUAGACAUUUCCGAUUUCAUUAAAUGUUUUAAAUAAAGCAGUUGCUUUUUUUGUUUUAGUGUGAAAUUGUAUUUGUUCACUCCAUGAUUUCAUAUUCAUUUGUUUUAUUUCCUGAAGAGAUUUUUUACCUUUAAGUGCUGAAAAACAUUAUUGUGCUGAUAAGCAAUGAACGCCAUAGUUUAUACAAUAAUUCACUGUAGGCAUGACUUUAUCAGUGGACUCUACAUUACACACUUUCCCAGUUGGGAAAUGAAACCCUCCUUAUGUAAUACGGUAGACCUCUACCUCAUGAAAAAUGUGUGAUUUUUAGGUGCGUAAAUUAUUGUAAAGAUUCAACAUGCUGAGACAGACUUAUACUGACUAUUAUUUACUAAUGAUGGAGCAAAAAUUCAUAAAAUGUUAAGCUGUCAUUUCCAUAUUUUUGAAAUAAAAAGUGAACUUCUCUAA